AUGUCUACUAGUCAAAGACUAAAAACUUGGACUGUUUUUACAAAUUCACAUGCAUGGAAAUUAUUAGUAAUUGCUGUUGCACUGUCUAUACUAGUCGGAAUGUAUUUUAUGCAAUCAAUCAUCUCAUGGAGUCAAGAAAAACUUGUUGAAACCGAUAAAGCUAGUGAAAUUAUGGCGAGUAAUGCAACAAAAGAAACUGUAAAAUUACUAUGGACACCUUUUUCUACAGAUUAUAUGCCCUCUUCUUGCGAAAGUCUUCCACCUCGCAAAAAUACACCUCCCCAUAAAUUCCAAUUUAUAGAUGCAAAAUCAAAAGAACUAACAAUUCUUUGGUGGCGAUACCUCACGUUUGGAAGUAUUUCUGAAAUGCCUUGGGAGUCAGUUUCCCAAGAUCUCUGCCCUUACCCACCAGAACUUUCCUCAUUCUUUCAAGAAAUAUUUAGGCAAUUUGCUCGUCGCCGUAUCCCUAAUUUGUUAGAAUGGCCUAGAGGUUAUGCACCAUGUUGGUUUUGGAUUAUCCAGUCAGAACAAAGGGGCACAUGCGCAAAUGGAGUAAAAUACCGUAUAAAUUCUAAUUACACGCAAUGGCGAGAUGCAGAUGUAAUAUAUUUUGAUUACCCAUUCCUUUUUCGUAUAGAUGAUCCACCAUAUUAUUCGACUACACAAAUGCCUCCACGUAAGGCUGGACAAUCUUGGUGGUUUAGAUUUCCAGAUGAGGGUCUAGGUUAUUAUUGGUUUGUCGGCCUCGAGACUUUUCGCAGUCUCUUCGAUAUAACCAUGGGUGCACCCGCAAAAAUCUUUGAUAUAUUCCAACCGACAUAUGAAAUAACUAAGGAUAUGAUUCCUGAUUUUUAUAAAAUUCAUAUACCAUUUGAUCAAAAAAAAUCAGAUGUUCUUAUUGCAUGGAUGGCUGGUAAUUGUAAACCUGCAAACAAUCGGAAUGAAUACGCAGAAGAAUUAAUGAAAUAUAUUACAGUUCACUCAUUUGGUGGAUGUCUUCAUAACCAGGAAAUACCUGAUGAUAUUAGAAACAAGUAUGGUAUUAAAGAAGGAGCUACAGCUUAUUGGGCAAGCCAUAUGUAUGAAGUAAAGUUGGAUACUCUUCUUCGUUACAAAUUUACUCUCGCAUUCGAGAAUUCAAAUUGUGAAGGUUAUGUUACUGAAAAAGUUUAUGAUCCCUUUAAAGUUGAUUCUAUCCCCAUAUACAUGGGAGCUCCUGAUAUAGAUGAUUAUGUUCCGCCACAUUCAAUAAUAAAAGUAACUGAUUUUAAAAACGCAGAAGACCUUGCUAAGUAUAUUUAUGAAGUUGCUAAUAAUCAAACAUUAUAUAACAGUUAUUUCGAAUGGAAAAAAGAUAAGACUUAUAACAAUUUUUGUAAAAUAUGCCGACAGAGUGAACGUAUACGUUCAAAAAGAGCGUACACUGCUCAAAACAAGAGCGUAUACGAUCAAGAAAAGAGC